UUUAUUAAUAUUUUUUUUAAAAAUUUGUUAUAGCAGAAACUCCUAUUUGAUAACAAAAGAGCUAAUCUAAAAAAUCAAAUAGAUAAGAUAAUGGACAUAAUAGUAGGAGGUAUAAAGGGUUUAGCUUAAACCAUCUCAUUUAAGAAAAAAGAGCCUAACUAAGAACUAAAAUUAAGAUUUAGUGUUCCUGAAAAUGAUAUUUGUGUUCAUGAUUUUAAUUGUGCCUUACAAGAUAAAAUCCUAUUAUAAGGCAAUCUUUAUGUUUAUAAUACCAUGAUAUGCUUUCACUCAUAAUUUAACAAAAAUUCUAUAGUAGGGCUUCAAGAUACGCUAAUUACCAUUCCUUUUGGUCAAAUUAUAUUGAUAGAAAAGAAGAAAAAGUUUCUCUUUGAUAAUUCAAUUCAGUUCACAACAGUUGACGAAAGCUUUUUCUUUACAAGCUUUUUAUCUAGAGAUAAAGCAUUUAAUAUUAUUAGUGAAUAUCUUGAAUUGUAUCAAAAGAUGCUUCCUAAGCCUUAUUAGUAAAUUUAAAAUAAUGACAUAUACGUUAGGUAAUAAUAGCUUAAUCAAAUAGACAAUGAAGCAGAAUGGCUGUAGCAAGCUAUUUUAUCAAUUCAAAAAAUGGAAAGCGAUUAAUAAUAAAAUUAGAUUAGAGAAUAGUAAGAUUAAAAUUUAUAAAAUGCUAACAAUAACUUAAACAACAAUAAUAGAAUUAACCAAGAAAAUAAUAACCAUAACCAUUAAUAAAUUGAACAAUAAAUGACGCAAUCAAGAAUAAGAAGCUCACAACAAUAAGAUAACCUAGUUUAACCAUGCUAAAUUUCUUAAUAAAAUUUACAAAAUAAUUCUAAAAUAAAUAAAGCAAAUAAUUUAGUAGAGUAGUAGCUCUAUUAAGAUAUUUAAUAUAAGGAGAGUGAUUAAUUAUAGGCAAAUAAUAGGCUUUAAUAAAUGCACCAUUCUUAAAUUAAGUAAGAAGCUGAAGAAGAGAAAAGAAACAAUGAAAUUUAAAUGGAUAUUGAAAAUGACAUUCAGCCUCUAGAAUUACGAAAAAGUGUUAUUAAGGAGUUUGAAGAUAAUGCUGCUAUAUACAAACCUCUAUUUGAUGAGAGAUCUAAUUCUAUUAAAAGAAAAAUCAAUUCUGAUUUUAAUUCUGCAACUUUUUCUGAGUUAGUUUUAAAAAAUAUUACUGCAAGAGAAGUUUUUGGUAUUUUUUUUUCAAAUUAGAUAUUUGUAUCAGAUAGAUUGUAGAGAAAGUUUACUUCCUUCCUAGAAUUCUUUAUUUUAGAGUAUUUACAUGGAACAAAUGUUUCCGUUUCAGAAAUUUAGCUUCCUCCACCUGAAAUUUUUAACUCAAUAUACUCUAAUAAUUAUCUCUAACUACUUGAAUAUCCAGAGUCUUCUGAAAGACACAUUUCAUUUACUCAUAAUAUUCCUAAUGCAAGUGCAUUUCUUCCAAAAAGUCUUUAAUGCUAAAUGAAAGAGACAAUCUAUUGGUAAUCACCUUAGAGCUUUACUUUAGUUAGACUUCUUUCAUUGAAAGGAGCUCCUAUAAUAACGUGCGUAGAACCUAGAGUUGUGUUUUAUGUUGACGAAGUUAAUGGAAAUACUAUCCUUAGAAGCGGAUUUUAUGUACAUUUUAAGAGCAAUACCAUGUUCAAAAAAAUAAUUGAAAAAUCAUCCAAAGAAGAAAAUGAGAAAACAUGGAACGAACUAAAAAAUGUAAUGUCGAAUGUUAGUGAAGAAUACAUUAAAAAAAGAGAUUAAAAUAAAUUAAUUGUUUAAAAAGAAAAUGAAUAAAAUCUGGUUAAAUUCAACCCAAAUGAGUAUGAACAAUAUGAUGAAAAUAAUUUAGAACAAAUUUCAAAUCAAUCUUAUAAAAUCCCAUAAUUGUAACAAGAUUAGCAAUAGAAAUAUGAAGAAGAGUUAAGUAAAGUUGCUGCAAAGGCAUCAAAUCAGGCUUGCAAUAUAUUUUGA